AUGAAGGUCUACAAAUGCAUCUUCUCUGACGACGAGCUCUGCUCGGACUCCUACCAGCAUCUUGCUCCUUUUGGGGACGAAUCCUUAAAGAAUGUUGCCUUUGAAGUCAAGGGGACUCGAGUCACGACGGGCAUUGGAGACAUAGGUGUCGCGGACAACAGCGCGGAAGGCGAGGAUGGCGUGGACGAUCAGCCUGAGACGGUGAUUGACAUUGUCGAUUCAUUCCACCUGUCUGAGACUUCUUUGUCAAAGAAGGACUUCACUGCAUACAUCAAGGCCUAUAUAAAGAGAGUGAUGCAGCAUCUGGAGGAGAAUAAUCCGACAAGAGUUGAGGAUUUCAAGAAAGGAACCGAAGCUCUUGUGAAAAAGAUCCUCGGCUCGUUCGACGACUUCUUGUUUUACAUGUCGCAAAGCAAUGAUUUCGAGGCAUCUUUGGUUUAUGCAUACUACAAGGACGAGGAAACUGCACCAAGGUUUAUUUAUCUGAGGGACGGCCUUAAGGAGGAGAAGUACUAA